GCCAACGCCCCAUUAUUCCUAAAUCUACGUACAUCCAAUGUGCUUGUGGAAUGGAAUGGAAUUAAACUAACAAACUCUAAAUGUGGAUAAAAGUUGGUGGUUUACAUACCGUAAUACUUCACUAUACUUUAAUGAACCUAGAGUUUAAUAUUCUGCUGCCAAGCAUAGCAUUACCUUUAAAGGUAAACUUUAUCUCAGAACAUCUGGGAGGGACUCUACCAUACUGAAUUCGCCUUGCAACCACCACCAUCCACCACUAAAUGUGAGAUGUCUACGGGACACACACACUUGUUUUGGUGAACAAUCAAUGCAUGUAUUGGAAGGAAUUUGUAAAUUUAAGAAGGGACUCAUCAUGAAUCUGUCCAGGAACAGUAAUUGCUCUAUCAGCAAUUUCAAACACAAUGUCUACCCAGCAACCUACUUGGUCAUCUUUAUAUUGGGACUGAUCUUUAACCUCGUCUCCCUGUGGUUUUUUCUGACUGUGUGGAAGACUAACAGGAAGUUUGGUCCUGUCAACUUGUUUAUGUUGAAUCUCGUACUGUCUGACCUAAUGUUGGUGUGCUCCCUGCCAUUGAGGGCAGCAUACUAUCUGAUGGAGUCCGACUGGGUCUUUGGAGAUACUCUCUGCAGGAUCAUGUCUUUUUUAUUUUAUGUCAACAUGUACAGCAGCAUUUACUUCCUCAUGGUACUAAGUGUGGUUCGCUUUUUAGCUAUCACCAAACCAUACACAUUUGCGAUGCUUAAGACCAGCCGGAGUGCCUGGAUAGUAUGCUUGAUGAUAUGGGUGUUAAUUUCCUUGGUGUCAAUUCCUAUGCUUAAUGCAGGGACUACCAAAGAUCUGGCAUCUAAUAAAACCAAGUGUCUGGAGCUGAAUCCAGAUUAUAAUGCACACAAAUUAUUCACAUUAAUUAUUGCUAAUUAUGUUACCAUGUUCUUUGGAAUCAUUUUACCUUUCGCAGUAAUCUGCAUCUGUAAUAUAUUUGUGGUCUGUAAACUUGUUAAAAUCAGGCACAUGCAAGGAACAGAAAGACCUAGAUUUAGAAAGUCAAUUGCCCUAGUAAUCACAGUCCUCUGCAUUUUUCUGACCUGUUUUUUGCCAUACCAUGUUGUUCGAACUCUCUUCCUGGAGUCUGAACAAGAUAUAUCUAAUAAUGGUUAUGGAGAGUCCUGCAAAUACACGGAACGUGUACGCAAAGCAGCUGUCAUCACGCUCUGUCUUGCUGCUGGGAAUAGCUGCCUUGAUCCACUCAUUUACUUUUUUGCAGGGGAAAACUUCAGACAGUUUGUUCUGAAACAAACUUCUGAAAAGGAAAUUGAAAUACCAAAGUAUACUAGAAGGAUUCAGCGACAAUAACAUAAUACUUAAUGCAAUAGUGUGUUUUAAUUCACCACAUGUAUCAAAGUUUGAGAGGAAUUUGUUUCAAAAGGUCAUUAUAACAUGUUAUCUAACUUUUUUACUGUACUAAAUGAGAUUACAUUUGGUUUGUAUAAAGAUGUGUGAUGUGUCUGUGUUUAAUUUCUUUUUUGUGGAAACCUGGGUUUGACCAAAUUUGACCUCUGACAAAAUAACAAAUUAAAGAUUAGACAAAAACAAUUAGAAUAUACCUUGAACUCUAAACCUUGAACAUUACUAAAAUACACAGUUGAACUGUGGAUUUUAUGCAAUAAUGCAUCUUAGAUGAAAAUCAGUUUAUGACAGGGUUGGUCCUUGAUCAACAAAAGAAGAAGAAAUGUGGUGCGCUGCAUUUUUGUGGACUCUGUGGUUGAAACAACACUGCCUUCAGGUAACACAGAAUAACUGGAUAAAUUAUAUGAUUAUGCUUUCCUAUGUUGAUGUUAGACUCAUGUUUUCUUUUGGUUAUUUACUUUUAAAUUGUAUAUCCCUUGCACACAUUAUUAUUUGAAAUGUUACUGUAAAAAAAACGAUUUAUGUUAUACUUAAGCUAAGGUAAAUAACUGUGUCACCCUAAAUGGACAUGUAAUUGUUGAACACUUUCUUUGCAUGUUGAAUAAAAAAAUAUUAAUAAUUGAAAACAACUUUCCAUAAAUGAAUAAACUACACUGCCUGUCA